AGGAGAGGAGGAGAUCAUGGGGAGGGGACGAGUUGAGCUGAAGCGGAUCGAGAACAAGAUCAACCGGCAGGUGACCUUCUCCAAACGCCGCAACGGCCUGCUCAAGAAGGCCUACGAGCUGUCCGUGCUCUGCGACGCAGAGGUCGCGCUCAUCAUCUUCUCCAGCCGCGGCAAGCUCUACGAGUUCGGCAGCGCUGGCAUAACAAAGACAUUACAAAGGUACCAACAUUGCUGCUACAAUACUCAAGAUUCCAAUACACUCUCUGAAACUCAGAGCUGGUACCAGGAAAUGUCGAAGCUGAGGGCAAAAUUCGAGGCUUUGCAGCGCACUCAGAGGCACUUGCUUGGGGAGGACCUUGGGCCGCUGAGCGUGAAGGAAUUGCAGCAGCUAGAGAAACAGCUAGAAUGUGCUAUGUCACAGGCGAGACAGAGAAAGACACAGCUUAUGAUGGAGCAAGUGGAGGAACUUCGCAGAAAGGAGCGUCACCUGGGAGAAAUUAACAGGCAACUCAAGCACAAGCUCGAGACUGAAGGUUGCAGCAACUACAGAACCUUGCAACAAGCCGCCUGGCCAGCUCCCGGUGCCGCCUUCGCGGAUCAUGACGGCGCCACACUUCAUGUGCAGCCCCCUGCAGCUGCUAUGGACUGUGAACCAACUCUGCAAAUCGGGUAUCCUCAUCAGUUUCUGCCUUCUGAGGCAGCCAACAAUAUUCCACGCAGCGCCCCAGGAGGCGAGAACAACUUCAUGCUGGGAUGGGUUCUUUGAUUCGACAUGUUGAUCCAUCCAUCAGAUGAAAUUUGAAACAAAUAAAAGGCGUUCAGUGCUACAUGCAUAUUCAUGCUCAAGUAGUGCUUGAGUUGCCGCGACGUGGUCGGUCUUUUAAAUUUAUCGGUAUGGUGUGUAAGAACUAAGAACUGCACCUUUAUUCUAUGUGGCUGUGGUGUGGUGCUUUUAUAACUUAAUUUGGACCAUGAAUCUUGUAAAAUACUUAUGCUGCCGGUGCAGUAUGCAUUCCAAAAUUACCUGGACCGGUACUUAAUU